GCACACAAUUCAAGCACCUGUUUAGCAAUGCCUCGACUUAAUUGAGGAAAUUGGACAUUACAAGCAUCCCUCUCGUAACUAAUCCUGUUUAUAUCGGCUAUAUAAACCAUUGUGACUUCAGUUCGAGUUGGCUUCUUCGAAGUCCACAACGUGCGAUUUGGCAGGCACACGUCAGUGGUUUUCUUGAAUUAGGAAAACCAUGUCAAACACUAAUUCUACAAGGAAGGUUUAUAUGUCUGUGGUUGAAGAUGUGAUAUCAAAUGUCCGGGAGGCAUUUCUUGAUGAAGGAGUUGAUGAACAAGUUUUACACGAGCUCAAACAUUUAUGGGAAAGCAAGCUAGCUGCCUCUCGGGCGUUGGAACCGGCCGACCCGGAGCCCCAAGUGGCCACACAGCCAGGCGGAAACAUUCCAUAUCAGCUUAUGGCCCCACAGCAGGCACAGAUCAGAGUUAAUCCGACCACCAUUCAGCAGCAAAUACCAGUUCCUGUACAGCUCACUGAUGGACAGCAAAUUAGCAAUGCAGCCAGUGUGGCAUUCAAUGCCCAGGGAGGCAUGUUUCCUAGUCACCAGGUGCAAACUCUAGUCAACAUCCAAGGAACACACUACCAGAUGCAGCAAACUGCAAAUGGCCAGUACAUCUUGACCCUUCCCACUGGGGUCUCUCAAGGCCAGAUGGUAAAUUUGCCUCAACAGACCAUCAUACAGGGACAGCCCGGUCAGGUUACUCAAAUACAGGGUCAAGCUCUUCCACAGUUUGAUGGUGCUCAUGAUGAGCCAAGCACAGAAUUAUCAAAUGUACAAUCUUCUCCACAUACUAUGGAACAAUGUGAUGAUAUUGACAUUGACUUGUGUGCUCAGCUGAAAGGUGAUGAAAUUAUUGAUAGUUUAAGUGACAAUGUACUUCAUAAAGGUGAAGAAAUAGAAUUGGAGCUUGAAUGCUCUCCAGCAUCAGCUGGUAGAUUGUUAAACUCAAGAAAAAGAACAAAGCGAUCACGUGUACCAAAGGUUCCACAAUUGGAUGGGAACCAUGAUACAAGCUCAUCAGAGGACAAUGAUUUUGACGACGAUGAUGAUGACAACAACGACGAUGAUGAUGAAAAAGAAGAUGGGGAGGAGGAUGGGGAAGAAGAGGAGCCACUUAACUCAGAUGAUGAUGUAAGCGAGGAGGAUCCCAGUGAACUGUUUGACACAGACAAUGUGGUUGUCUGUCAGUUUGAAAAGAUAAGCAGAAAUAAGGGAAAGUGGAAGUUUCUCUUGAAAGAUGGCAUUAUGAACCUGGACGGUAAGGAUCACAUUUUUCAACGUGGGACAGGCGAGGCAGAUUGGUAACUUUGACACUACAUCUUGUGUUGGGCCGUAAUGUUUUGAGGUGGUCAUGGGACAAUUCUAGUGUAUGGGUGUUACCCAUUUUGCUGAUCGGGAAAAAAAUAGCGGGAAAAAAAUUCCGCUGCGGGACGUUACGCUAGUCUGGAAAUCUUCAGUAGCGUAUAUUUUAUCUUAUAUUUUGACAUCUUUUUCAUUUAAGAUGUUUAUUUUUUGCAACAUUGUCAGUUUGCAUUAGAUGAGUGAUGCAUUUAUUGUGCCUGUAUAUAAAACACACUUUUAAGUGCUGGGCUGGUAUUCAAAAGUCACCUUAUAUCAAUUUUAGUCUAAGGAGCAAAAUCUGGGAGUUUUCAUUGACCAAUUAAUCUUAUAGUUGAAUCAAAACAGCCAUAUUUCACUUUAAUCUUAAAGCUCACAGUAAUCUAAGAUGUUGAUGUAAUAUGGCACCAGGCCUUGGGUAUCAAAUUGUCUGCUUAGAUUUGUGCUGUUUAAGUUUAAUUUUAAGUCAUAAAUCAUAUCAAUUGUUUCUGUUUAGAAUAAUUAAUUUCUUUAUAUAGAAAAAGACUAUGGAUCAUGAAUUGGUCUUUUAAGCUUGUCUGUUAUUCUAAGAACAGAGUCGAAUAUUGUCAUAGCCUUUGCUUGUUGGUUGGCAUAACCUUCAUCUGGCCAAUAACGCUAACAAAAUUUUUCAUGAUAAUUAAAUGAAGCUUUGUACAUGUACAAGAGACAAUAGGCACAUAUGUAAAUCAGGCUUUAAAUGUUUAAGAUAUGUAGUAAAAUGCCUCUUUCUAGACAGAAAAACAAAUAACGAGCGUUUUGGUUUGCUCCACAUCGCUCUUGUUAAAAUUUGGAAUAAAAAUGAGUAUUAUUCAAAAAAAAAUUGUAUGGACAAAACAUACUUCAUUGGGUUGUGGUUUUAUUUUUUGUCUUCAAUUUCUUUGAUCUACUAGCAUUUAUUUCAAUUUGUUACAUAAUUUUUAAUGAAUCAAUUUUUGCCAUAACUAGCAAUGUAUAUUUGUGUAUGAUCAUGAGUUACACCUAUUGAAUAGGUUUAUUUUGUUGUAUUGUUGCUUGCUCCAAAAUCAUGAGACCAAAGUGCUAAAGCAUGUGUAUCAUUGUGUAAAUUUUGAUGACAAACUUUGAAAAGUGAUUCAUUAGUAUAGAAUACUUUAAUUUGUAUCAUAAAUGAUUUAUAUUAUGCAUUAAAUUUAACUCAGUUUUGUUCAGUUAUUGAAAAAUGUUUCUGGGGUUUGAGUUGAUCUAAGUUGCUAGCAGAAUUUUGUAUGUUAUUUGUAAACUAUAAUUGGGAAGUUUGGUACAUAUAUAUAUAUUUAUAUAUAUAUACAGUCGGACCCUGUUGGCUUGAACUCCCUUUGCUUGAUUUCCUUUACUCGGUCUGACGUUUAAGACCCAUUACCUUAUACUAAAGAUGCAUUCCAGCUUGGCUCGAAUUUCAGAGGCUUGGUGUAUCUGCUGGUCCCUGGGAGUUCGAGCCAACUGGUUUCAACUAUAUAUAAUUCUCAAUUUUUACCCAACAAAUCAUGGCUAAUAACUCUGACUCUAAAGUAUUCACCCUUGUUGAGUUAUGUCCCUUGUUUUACUGUAAUAAUCAUCAGAUGAGCAUUCUUAUUCGCUUCUGGGGCUCUUGUUGAAUUUAAAACAAGCUUCAAUUUCUCAGAUAAUCCCUAAAUACAGGGUCAAGCUCAGCACUCAAAUUUUAUGUUGGUAUAAAUUGUUUUAAGGUUCUCCCUUUUAAGAGUUUUGACUCCCUUAAAGGAACUUAUUUGAAAGACGAUCAAUGUUAAACUAUUCUUGUUCUGUUAAAUCAAGUUAAAGCAAAUAUUUUAGUUAAAUGAAUGAAUGACGUUUCCUUCUGUAAGCAUUCAUUAUUAAGCUCAUUUUUUUGGAGAAGUUGGGGCCAGUUGUACAUGAUUAAUAGCUUUAAUGCAUUCCCUUUAUUAUAGCAGGUGUUUGUAUAAUAUCAAAUACGCUUUUAUCAAAAUCGUGUCCUGUUUCUGAACAACUAGAUGUUUGUAAAACACUUAGUGAAACUCACUCAUUAUUUUCUUUCAUGUGUUCAUUGUUCUGUUUUGUUAGGAAUUGUUAAAAUACUGUAGUUUUUAUUUUUCAUUAUUUGGUGUCAUAAGUUUGUGUUUGUUUUAUUAUUUCAUCCGGUAAAUUUAUGUAAUUAUUAAAAAAUAUCUAUAAAAUGGUGCGGUAUUAUAGAAAAGGGAAAAUGUCAUUUCCCAUAGCUUUUGUCUUCAACGAUUAUUGUAAUAUGAUUGAUGUUACUUUUUUAUUAUGCAAUGCAGAUAUAUAUAUAACUGCAGUAAACUUGUAUGCAUGCUUUCACUGGCUAAUACUGGGUAAAAUAUAGUGCAGAAUUUGUUACAAUGAACUGAAAUAAUAAAGUUUUAGCGUAAGAAUAGAAACAACAUGCAUAGUGCCAUUUAUCGUUGUAUGUACGAUUGUUAAGUUGGCCAGUUUUUAGUCACAAUUUGGGCAAGGGGUCUUGGCCUUUAUUAUGCCCCCACAAAGUGGCGGCAUAUAGGGUUGCCCUUGUCCGUACGUACGUCUGUCUGUCUGUACGUACGUAUGUCCCGAAGAUUGUUUCCGAUCUAAUUCUUGAAAACCGUUUGUCCAAUCCUCACCAAACUUUAAACACAUGUUUGUGACCAUAAUAUCUUGAUCAAGUUCGAUAAUCAUGGAAAUCGCUUUAGUCAUUUAGGAGUUACGGCCCUUUUUUGCCAAAAAUACUUCAAAAAUAUAUGUUUCCAAUCUAAUUCUUGAAAAGUAUGUGUCCAAUCCUCACCAAACUUUACAUACAUGAUUGUUACCAUAAUAUCUUGAUCAAGUUCGAUAGCCAUGGAAAUCGCUUUUGUCAUUUAGGAGUUACGGCCCUUUAUUUGCAAAAAAAGACUUGAAAAAUACGUCCCGAAGAUUGUUUCCGAUCUAAUUCUUGAAAACUGUUUGUCCAAUCCUCACCAAACUUUUAACACAUGUUUGUGACCAUAAUACCUUGAUCAAGUUCGAUAGCCAUGGAAAUCGCUUUAAUCAUUUAGGAGUUAGGGCCCUUUAUUUCCCAACAAUACUUAAAAAAUAUCUUAUCCGAUCUAAUUUUUGAAAAGGAUUUGCCCUUGUUAUUUCAUUUUUUUUCUCCAAAAAAUGAUGUGAAUUCUACUACAAAUAGAUGACAAAAGUAAGAUAGGUUUGUUCUUGUAAGAAACACUGUUUUGGUGGUCAAUUAGUAUAACAUAUUUUGGCAUCGGGAAAGGGGGCCAAAUUAUUGGCCCUUAAAUAAGAAAAAGAAAAACUGUUGGCUACAAGGAAUAUUUGGAAUCUGUGUCAUUUGUAACACUCCCAUGUUUUGAAUGAUCAUUUUCAUUACCCAAUGUGCUUGGCAAAGAAAGUUGAAAUGCAUAAACAUAUGUUAUCAUCAUUGCUGGUAGUGUCAUGAGUGAAGUGCUAAACAUGUUGGGGUUAUCUUUUCUACAAGCCUAUGAAAGACAAAUAUGGUUGGAUCAGAAAAUUAUGCAAAAUCAAAAAAACAUUGCCCAAACUAACAAUUGAAGAUGUGUAUUGAAAUACAUUUUUCAACUCUCAAUUCUAAAAUCUAUUUUACAAAAUCCCUGUUGACGAGAUUGCCCCGAUGUUUCCGUGGCAUUCCAUAGGCCUUUCAUCUUUGGUCUAUAUUUCUCAAAAUUGUGCUUCUUGUAUGCGUUGUUGUUAAUCAUGAUAUGUCUUUAAUACUUGUUUGUGCCUAUGGUGAUGUAAAUCUCAUUGAAUUAUCUCCUGGUAUUAAAAAUAUUUUUCA